CGCAACGGACGCUCAGUCGGGAAUUAAAAAAAAAAAAAAAACAUUGCGCGCCCUUUUUGUUUUCAAAUUUUAAUCGGUUAAAAAAAUAAGAAUGCAUAAAUUCGUGGCGUUGUUUUUGAUCGCGACAGUGAUACCGCUGAAAACGAAUGCAAACAUAUUCGGAGGGAAAUGUUCAAGACAAGAUCCAAACGUAGACGCUUGUCUUCUAAGGAGUUUCAACAACCUCGUUGACUACUUGAAGGGAGGAGCUCCUGAGAUGGGCAUCGAAGAGGCUGAGCCCAUUGUGAUAGACGAACUGUCUAUAGCCCUAGGAGCUGGUCCCGACGGUUACAGAGCAACCUUCAAAGACAUCCAUGCGUCAGGAGCAUCGAACAUGACCAUCACUAACGUCAGGUCGGACCUAGAGACCCAUCAGUUCCAGCUGACGCUGUACGGACCUCACAUCAGCGCCCGCGCUCGGUACCGCUCCUCAGGAGUUCUGCUGCUGGUCAGAGCUUCAGGCGGCGGCGAGUACUGGGGCGAAUACCAUGGCGUCAAGGCCAAGGUGUACUUCCGCGGCGCUCCGUACGAACGCGACGGACGAACUUACCUGAAGCUGCAACAGCUGAAGCUAGAUUUCUCCGUAAAGGACAUCAAGAUGGGCGUUGAGAAUUUGGAUAACUCAAACGCCGUACUCCAGGCUGCAUUGAACCUCUUCAUCAGUACGAACGCUCAAGAGCUCCUGAAGGAAAUGAAGCCGGAACUGAAGAGGGACUUGGCGGAUAAGAUGUCGCGUUAUUUAGACCACAUCCUCCAGCACAUACCUUACGACGAGCUGGUCGUUGAUUAAGCAACCUCCCCAUCUUAUAUAUGGGGUGUUUAAAAUGUGCACAGUUUUUUGUCAUUAUUUCUCUAACGAUCGCUACUUUUAAAGAAUUUGCGAACAAAUUUGUAAUGUGGGAGACGGAUAUUAUUUAAAUACAUGAUUUCAACGAGAAAAUAAUAAGAAUCAGUUUUAACAUUUAGAAUCGUUUGAAAAUGUAUAAGUAUCGGUGUUACUUGUUUUUUUUUCUUUUUCUUCAAUAUAUUUAAAACUAAUUAUAGAAAUUUAUUUCAUUCUUAUAAUGUUCAACCUUUCCAUUUAAGUACGUCAUUAAAUUAAAAAUGCUAUUUAUAAAUUAUUUAUGAAGCUCUAAGUAUUAGUACAAGGAAGUAUUUUGUCUCAUCGUCAAAGUAAGUAGUCAUAAUUAGAAAUAGGUUUUUUUUUGUUAUUUAUAAUGUACUAAUAAUUAAUAAAAUAAACAUGAAUAAAA